GGUUUGGGAGGGGCAGACGAGGAGAUUUUGUUUCAUUCUUUCAGUAGUUUUGUUCCUGUUGUUAGAAGAACUGAAUGUCUGUGCUGAGAAUUGAAAAAAUGUAUCAAAUAUACAUUGGAUUUUGUGUGAGUUUGUCUCUCUUCUGUGGAGUCUCUGCAGAGAUCUAUAAAGAAGGAGCGAAGGUUCGAGUUAAUUGUGACCUUAAACAGUCCGGCGCCUUGACAUUCUGGUUUCGAAUAAAGAGUACAGGUGCAGACUUUUUAUUCACUGUUAAACAAACGGACAUAAAGGAAAAUUCCUUAAAUGAGACAAAAUACAGUAUCGCCGUAGACAAGAAAAGUGGUAAGGCACAUUUUGACAUUAAAUCGUUCGAGAAAAAGGCAGACGAUGGUAUUUACACCUGCGCAACCAUGAACAACAAUAAACUCUUCUUCGGAGGGCUGACUGAAAUUAAAGGAGAACCAGAUCCAACAACCCAACCUCCAAAAGCACUAAUCCCGAUCUUAGUGACUACAACAAAAUCUACAACUACAUCACAUUUGUGCAAAAAAACAGAGAAGUCUCGUUUCAACUGUGAGAUUUGGAUAUUGUCAUCUCUGGCCUCUGGAUGUGCUCUCCUCCUCAUUCUGCUGAUCGGCACAAUUUUCUACUGCAACCGUUUAAGGACAAGACGGUGUCCCCACCAUUACAAAAGACAACCUCAACCCAGACCCGCUGGCCACGCUAAACUGCCCAACAGCCACUUCUAGCGCCAGGAAAGAAGCAGGAAAGUUUUCGUCGGUUCUGUUUUCUUCUCAUUAAGUACAUUUAAAAGCGGUUUCCUCCUUUAUCAUUAUUCAGUCUGUAGAACAUUAAAUCUUAAUCUUUCAAAAUGAAAAUGUUCGAAUCGCUCAGGAUUUCUGUUUCAUUCGCUGAAUUUAGGUGAUUUUUAUAGUUAUGUCUUUGUAUCUGUUACUGUCACUGACAAUAAUCACAUCUUUCCUUUAUGUGGUUUUUGAUAGUCUUAAUCUGUUCCUAGUGAAAUGUUUUAUGUUUUGCUUCAAUGUAGGCGUAUAAUUUGGGGCUUAUUAUGGCUUAAAUUGUUGCAUUUGUAGCAAGUGUGGCUUUAAAGUACAAAGUUGUAUAAUUGUAACCUGUUUGAAAGAGAUUUCUGCCAUCUGCUGGCUGUAAGUGAUAUGAACCUCAGAUGCAGUC